CAGAGUUGUGACAACAUCCCGACCGUCAAAACGAAUACAAUUCAGAACCCGAAGUACGAGCAGCUGUCAGCUCCCAGUGUGUGGAAAUUCUUAGAAACAAAGCACCCUUCAACUUUACUACUAGUUUUUUUCUUUUCCCUUUGGAUUUUUUUCUUCCCGUUUGAAAGCCGCUGUUGGGUCUGCUAUCUGAGCUCCGGGGGAAGCGGACGCGCACUUUUCUUCAACCUGACUCGUUCUAUCUGACCUUCAGAGCGGCACCCAGAUAUGUAGCGAGCAGCUUGAGCAGGGUCUACUCCUCUUUCUGGUCUCUUUUCCUCUAAAACAGAUCCCUCUACCUCUCGGGCUGGACUGUGGUGCAUUAACGUCAGCUCGCCCUCCCCUGCCCCCUCGGCCCCCAGCCAUGGCCUCACGCAUCGGGCUGCGAAUGCAGCUGAUGCGGGACCAGCUGCAGCAGGAGGAGCAGCGUGAGCGGCAGCAGCAUCAGCAGAACAUGGCGAUGCAGUACAUGCAGCAACGCAUGGCUGGGCCGCCUGCGCCAACACCGGCCAUCAGCACCCCGCAGCAGUACCAAAGCAUGCAGGUUCCCGUGGAGGUUCUGAAGGUGCAAACUCACCUUGAAAAUCCAACAGACUAUCAUAUCCGCCAGUCACGGAGACAGCAAGUGAAGGAAUACCUUUCAACCACUUAUGCCAACAAACAGACGGUUCACUCAGUAGCAGGGCUCAUGCCGCCAUCUCCUCCCAAAAACAUGGGACCUGCUGUGAGUUCAGCAUCUGCGCCUCCACCUCUCCACUCUCCACACAUGCGUAAGGAGCAGCUCAUGUCUGGCAACAGCGCCCCCAACAGCCCAAUGGCCAUGCUUAACAUUGGCUCCAACCACGAGAAGGAGAUGGAUGAGGUUAUUGACGACAUUAUAAGUUUGCAGUCCAGCUAUGAUGAUGUUCCAGGAUACAUGGACCCUGUCCAGAUGUCAAACACUCUCCCACUCUCCAGCAGCCACCUGGACGUCUACACAGGCCCUGGGAUGAAGGCGCCGGCCAUCGCAAUGACGAGUAACUCUUGUCCCGCCAACUUGACCAUCAAACGUGAACUGUCAGACGCAGAAGCCCGUGCGCUGGCCAAGGAGAGACAGAAGAAAGACAACCACAAUCUAAUUGAAAGAAGAAGGAGAUUCAACAUUAAUGAUCGAAUCAAAGAACUGGGCACCAUGAUUCCUAAAACCAAUGAUCUUGACGUGCGUUGGAACAAAGGUACUAUACUGCGGGCGUCUGUAGAGUAUAUCAAACGAAUGCAGAAGGACGUGCAGAGGUCCAGAGAGGUGGAGAAUAACUUCAAAAGGAUGGAGAUGGCCAACAAGCAGCUUUUGAUGCGCAUCCAGGAGUUAGAGAUGCAAGCUCGGCUGCAUGGCCUGCCAAGUACCUCCCCAUCCGGCCUGAACCCCGGUGAAAUGAUGCCUGCUUACAUUAAACAAGAGACCAGUCCAGAGCAGAACUUUUCUCAUGCUCAGCAGCAAGCCCUCCACCAGCCUCAGCACCUACCCCACAACCAGGCUCAGCCCCAACAGCACCACUUCCUCCCCCAGCCCCACAUGCAUCCCCAGAACCAGCUCCAGCCUCAGCCCCGGCAGCUGCCACCAAUGCCACAGCACCUGCCCCCCCAACAGCCCAUCCAGUACCCCGCGGUGGGCAGCUCCCAGCCCUUUGACUUUGCCCAGUCGCUGGACUUGUGCGACGGGAUACCUGGAUUCUCAGACGGCAUGUCAGGGCUGGGGGACCUGGGCGGACUGGACGUCCAGGGGAGAAGAGGCGAGCUGAGCUUCUUGAUGAUGGACGAGCCUUUGUCCCCUAUGGAGGGGGACCCACUGCUGUCUGCAAUGUCUCCGGAGGCGUCUGUCGACUCGAGCCGCAGAUCCAGCUUUAGCAUAGAGGAUGGAGACAUCAUGUAGAAAUUUAAAGUGGUUACAGUUAAACUGUAAACAGCUAAAAAAUAAGGAAAAGCCCUAAACAUAUAUAUACCCGACACAGAAAUAAAUGAUCAUUUACAGAAGUUCAACAUCACAUAUCUUUACAGACCAGAUAUUGGUACAGAUAUUUCUUUUUAAAGGUACCAUCAGAGCAACACGGGUUAUGAAUCCAGAGCCGGCCCAAAGAAAAAAAAAAAAACAA